CUGCUUGUCCAUCACCAGCGACCAUGGUGGAGAGUGUUGGAUCAAGCCUGGACCUGAGACAUGGAUUCCUCAGAGCUGUAAGACUUGUGACCAUGUUGAGGAGUCCACACACUGGCUUCAGAUUGAACCCUUGACUUCCACUGUCCAGGGAGUGACAAUGUUCAGACACAGGACACCCAAAGGGAGUUAUGAGUGCACAGUGUCUGGGCUCCGCUGGCUGUGUGAGAGAGAUGUCAUUCUGAAGUAUCACUUCAGCAACUGGGGACCCUACAGUCAACUUCUGAAAGACAUGCAGUACACACAAGGUGGUCCAUUGCUGGACAUCACUAUGGAGUUCGGUGAACUGGAGGAAGUUCAUCUGCCACACUGUUUCUGUUUAGGGACCAACCCUUCCCUGAGGAAUGAGAUGAAGAUUCUUCAUGUAGAGGAACAUGGAGUGUCUUUAGAGGAAGUGCGUGAGGUCACCAGAUUCCAUGCUAAGAUUCUCCAUCCCAAGUUCUCAGCUAUCUCUGUUAUACUGAGCUAUAUCCUUUCAUGGAACGUAGAUGUCCACUGUGAGCUGAUGCUCUAUCUGACAGUGAAAAGGGAAACAUUAAUUCCACGCCUGUACCUGUUCCCCAGUAACCCCGGCCAAAUACAGGCUGUGGAACAACAGGAAAUAAAGUUUCAAGGAUCUAAAAGGUUUCCCAACACAAGACCAGAGCGGUCCUUCAAACUGAAGAGUUCCUUCAGAUUGAACAUUCCCUGUUCUACCUCCAUCAAUCCACCGAGGAUUCAUCUCAUACAUAGAGACACCACACCAAGCUUUUUCAGGGCGGUUGUGAAAAUGACAGGGAUUGACAUUGCGAUGGAAUUAUUUGGUGAUGAUGAGACGACAGCGUGGAAAGAAAUAGUACCAACAGAUGAAUGCGUCACUGACCCCCGAUCAACAAGUGCUGUGUUGGGGGCAGGAGGUCCGGCUGAGAUCAGUCUGACUGGUUCUACAAAACUGCAGCUGCGUUCUGUACGGACAGAGUUUGUGAAACGAGUGUCAAGACCCGUCCUGAAUGAACUGCUGGACGGACUCCUGCAACACACAGUCAUCAACCAGGAGGAAAUGGAGUCAGUGAAGGUGAUCGCUGAGAGGGCAGAGAAGGCACGUGACAUCAUCGACAUGGUGUUGAGAAAAGGAACUGAGUCGUGUUCCAGGAUGAUCAACAUUCUUCGGGAGAUUGACCCCUAUCUUUGGUCAAUGCUUCAGAUUAACAGUGUUGGGGUACCAACCUAA